CGGGCGCAGUUUCGACAGCUUGGCUUAGAUUCAGCUCCACCCCUAUGUGGCGGCUCACUUGAUCAGAUCCUUGAACGUGAACCGUUUAGCUGAGAAGCACUUUUGCUGGAGCCCGGAGAACAGAGGGAUACGGCGAGAGGGUCUCUACUUCGGAGGAGUUGCUCUUUUUUCCGCUUAGUCUUAUAGAAACGGUUUUUACAAAAGAGCUCAUUCUCCAGACUGCACCGAUGAUGGGAACUAAGGCUGGCUUACAUUUUGCUCUAUGUAUCUGGCUUCUAAUCUCGGCUCAUAUUAUAAUGACCGCUGAUGCUGCGAUUACUUGCGCGUCUUGUCAAUUGGCAAUUCACCUAAACCAAGACGAAUUACUGCGGGAAAAACGAAUGAAUGAAGGAGAGACGGGAUUUGUACUUAAACAGCAAUUCGGCGAGGAAUUGCCACGAACGAGAUAUUUUGCUGAUAAAAGAGAGGUACUUUAUAGAUCAGAGGAAUUCGGGGUCCCUAACCAUGUAAAGAAAUGGUCCGCGGAUGCGGGAGAUGGAGUUUCGGAACUAUUCCCGCAUAAUUCGUUUCAGGCAAGUGAAAAAGUAAGACUUGAUGGCGAUAAAAGCGACACGGGGGGAAACCAAUUAGGCGAGAAGAGUUCAGCGUUUCUGCGGCCGAAGCGGAGCGAAGCAGAAGUAGGUGAUUUUUCCGAAAGUGUGAGAAGCGGCGACGCUUUCAUGGAUGGAGCGCAGGACAGGGAAGCAGCUGGUCCGAUGUUCAAUGGACACAGGCAGAGCAGGUCCAAGUUCAACUGGGCCGGGGAUGAUAGUAAAGUGAUAAAUCCUCGACAAGAUGAGCCCAAAGUUACCAGCACCACCUUCGCAUUGACGGGGGAUUCCGCGCACAACCAAGCUAUGGUGCACUGGUCUGGACACAACAGCAGCGUGAUCCUAAUCUUGACCAAGCUUUAUGACUUCAACUUGGGAAGCGUGACAGAAAGCUCUUUAUGGAGGUCAACAGACUACGGGACCACCUACGAAAAAGUAAAUGACAAGGUGGGAUUAAAGACUGUGCUGAGCUACUUGUAUGUCUGCCCAACAAAUAAAAGAAAGAUAAUGGUGCUAAGUGACCCAGACCAUGAAAGCAGCAUCCUGAUCAGCUCUGAUGAAGGUGCAAGCUAUCAGAAAUUCCGGAUGAACUUUUAUAUUCUGAGUCUUCUAUUUCACCCAACGCAAGAAAACUGGCUGCUGGCAUACAGUCAUGAUCAUAAGCUGUACAGUUCGGUUGAUUUUGGAAGAAAGUGGCAACUGGUCCAUGAACGCGUGACGCCAAACAGAUUCUACUGGGCAGUAAUAGGUUUGGACAAGGAGUUAGACCUGAUUCACAUGGAAGCCCACACACCCGAUGGACGGGCACAAUAUAUAACAUGUAAGGUUCAAGGAUGCUCUGACUCAAGCAGAAAUGAUCCUUUCCCUGGAUAUAUCGACACAAGUUCCCUUGUAGUUCAGGAUGACUACAUGUUCAUUCAGGUUACAACAUCGGGACGAGCGAGUUAUUACGUAUCAUAUCAAAGAGAACCAUUUAUGAAGAUCAAACUACCUAAAUAUUCCCUUCCAAAAGACAUGCACAUUAUUAGCACAGAUGAGAACCAGGUUUUUGCAGCAGUGCAGGAGUGGAAUCAGAAUGAUACAUAUAACCUAUAUAUAUCUGACACACGUGGAAUCUACUUCACCCUGGCGUUGGAGAAUCUUAAAACCACCCGAGGACUUGAGGGAAACAUCAUGAUCGACUUUUAUGAGGUAGCGGGGAUAAAGGGAAUGUUCAUAGCCAACAGAAAGCUUGAUAAUCAAGUGAAGACAUAUAUCACCUACAACAAAGGCAGAGACUGGCGUCUGCUACAGGCUCCAGCUUCAGACCUGACAGGCAAUGACAUUCAUUGCACUCUGCCUUUCUGCUCCCUGCAUUUACAUUUGCAGAUAUCGGAAAAUCCUUACACUUCUGGAAGUAUUUUGAGCAAAACUUCAGCACCAGGCGUUAUUGUGGCUACAGGUAAUAUCGGCUCUGAGCUUUCAUACAAUAAUGUUGGAAUGUAUAUAUCAUCAGAUGCUGGCAAUAACUGGAGACAGAUUUUUCAGGAAGAGCAUAACGUUUGGUUCCUGGACAAAGGAGGUGCCCUGCUUGCAGUUAAGCAAGCAACAGUCCCUAUCAGGCAUCUGUGGAUCAGCUUUGAUGAAGGCAGACAGUGGAUUCGACAUGGCUUUUCUUUGGUGCCGCUCUUUGUGGAUGGAAUUUUAGUAGAGCCAGGAACAGAAAAUCAGAUAAUGACGUUUUUCGGGCACUUUAGUCAUCAUUCUGAAUGGCAGCUUAUAAAAAUCGACUAUAAAUCCAUCUUCACUAAAAGAUGCACUGAAGGGGACUACCAGACGUGGCAUUUGCACAACCAGGGUGAACCUUGUGUAAUGGGAGAAAAACAAAUCUAUAUGAAGCGUAGACCAGGCAACCGAUGCAUGCUGGGAAAAGACUACUCCAGAAUACUAUCAGCUGAACCUUGCAUCUGUAGAACCUAUGAUUUUGAAUGUGAUUACGGAUUUGAAAGCCAUGGGGAUGGAAAAUGUCUGCCGGCAUUUUGGUUCAAUCCUUCCACAGUGACCAAAAGCUGUAGCUACGGGAGGAACUACCUCAACAGCACUGGAUACCGGAAAGUAGUAUCCAAUAACUGUACAAAGGGAGUGAAGGAAAUAUAUACAGCCAAGAAGCAGGAGUGCCCUAACACAGCUCCCAGAGGCCUUCAGCUGAUCACUAACGACGGGAAGUUGACAGCUAUCCUCGGCGCCAACGUUACGUUCCUUAUACAUCUUGAAGAGGGUGAUUCUAUGAGAACAAACAUUCAGUUGGAUUUUGGGGAUGGCAUAGCGGUGUCCUACUCAAACCUUACCUGGACUAAGGAUGGAAUAAAACAUCUUUACAAAAGUGCCGGAAUCUUUCGAGUUACUGCACUUGCAGAAAACAACCUUGGGCUUGACAGCACUACACUUUACUUACACAUUAGCUGUCCUGUAGAACAUGUCCAUCUCUUAGCUCCAUUUGUUGCAAUUAGGAAUAAGGAGGUCAACCUCACUGCCGGCGUCUGGCCUAGCUAUCCUAGAACCGUAACCUACUUCUGGUGGUUCUGGAACAGUACUGAGCCAAUAGUGACCUUGGAAGGAAGCAUUUCCUAUACUUUUGCAGCAGAGGGAAUGAAUACUGUUACAGUCCAGGUGUCUUCUGGGAAUAUAAUAUUACAGGAUACAAGAACAAUAGCAGUACAAGAGUUCUUCAAAUCACUCCUUUUAUCUUUCUCCCCUAAUCUGGAUGAGUACAACCCAAACAUUCCUGAGUGGAGGCAGGACGUAGGAAGAGUGAUUAAGAAGGCCCUUCUGCAGGUGGCUGACAUUCCGGAAGAGCAACUCCUGGUAGCUGUAUUUCCCGGUUUGCCAACCGCGGCGGAACUGUUCAUUCUGCCGCGCAAAAACUAUUCCGAAGGAAGGAAAAAAAGUGAAGAGGACUUGGAUCAUAUAUCGGCAAUUCUAGUCAGUGCACUUAAUCAGAAUUUGGUUGAGUUCGAACUGAAGCCUGGCGUUCGAGUCAUUGUUUACAUCACACAGUUAACUUUAGCUCCGCUGGUUGACUCCAGCCAGAGAAACAGCAGCUCUGCUAUGCUGAUGCUUCUUUCAGUCGUGUUCCUGGGUUUAGCUGUUUUUUUAAUCUACAAGUUCAAAAGAAAAAUUCCAUGGCUAAACAUAUAUGCUGAGGUUAACCACGAGAAAGAGCAGGAGAUGAUUGGCUCUGUCAGCCAAAGUGACAGCACACCGAAAAUAACACUUAGCGAGUUCUCCACUCCCAAGGAGCUGAAGGAGAAAGAACUGGAUGCAAGGAUUAAAGGAGGAAUUGGGAUUGUCAGUGAGAGCACAAGGGAGAUUCCAAACUGCACUAGUGUUUAAAUGAAAAAGAAAGUUACACAUUGUACAGGAGUAGUGGAAACUGGGG